AUGGCAGCUCCGGACACCCCGCCUCCGGGCUCCGCCUCCGCCUCCGGCCCGGUGCUAUCCGCAACGUUCUCAACUCCGGGUCUGCCGCCGGAUUAUCUGCAAGGAUAUGUGGCACCCAGUAUUGGAGAGGCUUACCAUAUCCAUGCUAUGCACAGUGGCUCUGGUAUCGCGACACCAGCAACCGCUGGUCAAUUUGGUAUACUUGCGCCAAUAUCAGUGUCGGUGCCUGUUAUGGAAACACCCGUCGAUGGGAUAUUCACUAUACAGAAUAAUGCUCACCCACAGGACUUUGGAAGAUCGAGCGGCCUCUUGAGCAGUAAGAUCAUCGUUGAUCCCCCAGAUCUGGAAAUGUGGCGGAAUAAGCUGUUCAACGUGGAUGAGACGAUUGUUCUUACACAUGAAGAGUUCGAGACAUACUUUCCUCAUGUAGACAACGUCUACUCCCAUCGUUCGACACAGCGUUAUAAGCGCAAGCCUUUCAUCUCGCACUACUGGGACUGUCGUAUGAAAGGCCGUCCUCCAGGAACACCUAAAUCUGACGACCCCAAUAAGAAGAAACGAAAGAGAAAUGCGCGCCAGCGCGAUUUAUGUGACGUCAAGAUAAAAAUUACAGAGUACUUCCCGGGGGCUCGACUGGACCUUGAUAACACCAGUGGUCUUGACGCAAGUCUGGCAGGACAGCGAUUGUGGACAAUACAGAGAGUCAAUGGCAAUGGAGGAAAUGGAAAGGGAGACGGUGUGGCUGGGCCACAUAAGCACACGCUCCAAAGGAGUGACGAGAUAAAGAAGAAUAGUGUGCAGAGGCAUUUGGCAAACCAAGGGGAUGUGAGAAAGGAGAAGGAGAAGGCCCAGACUCCUCUGAAACCCACAGGAGCUGCACUACUCACAGCUAGAAAACACGCAAAGGAGAGUGAUUUCAAACUCUACGCGGCAUGUUUCUGCCCAUUCUCUCAACGUAUUUGGAUCGCCCUGGAGGCAAAAGGCGUGCCCUACCAGUACUGCGAGACAGAUGCCUUCCGUAAUAUAACCCAACCCCUCCUGGCUAACCCUAAUGGCCAUGUGCCCACCAUAGCACAUAGCAACUGGUCAUGUUCGAAGAGUGCUGUCAUAUUAGAAUAUGUUAGUCUCGUCUUGAAGUUGCUGGUUUGUGAUAUUGAUGAGAUGCGCAGCUUGAAGAUCUCGGCCAAGGAACACCGAUGCUUCCGAAUCAGAGGCAACACUGACGAUAUGGAGAUCAACCGUCAUAUCGUCCCGAACUUCUUCAAACUCCUCCAACAUCAAGACCCGGCUCUUGGAGAUGAAACAGGGAACCCCGAUCCCAGCAAAUAUACCGUCUUCCCCGCCUGGAUCGCGCUGGGUGCGAUGGCUGGAUGCUAUCGAGGGAGAUAG